AUGCGACGUCAUUUGUUUGAUAUGUUAUCUCGAGGUGUAUUGGAACUUUUCCCAUCAACUAACACCGCAAGAAGAGCUGGCCGGCCACCAGCAAAUUUGUUCCUUAAUAUACUAGCAAAGAAAGAAAAAUAUAAUACGCAGAUAUUUGAAAGUCUAACGUUUACAAGUAGUACGCAGAUAUUUGAAAGUCCAACGUUUACAGGUAGUACGCAGAUAAUUGAAAGUUCAACAUUUACAGAUGAAUCACAGAAAGACAAAAAUCCGACCAUUGACUGUUUAGCACUUACGUAUAGUACUCAAGAAAAACCAAAUCCUACAUUAAGACAUGCCAACAACGAACAUACUGGGUCCGGCCAAGCCAAACGUAGAAGAAAAAAUACUGAUUACACACAGACUAAGCAAAUACGAAACACUGAGAGCCACAGAGCCACUCGUCAGAUUCCCGACAUUAGACAGGCAGAACAGCAGCGAGACACGCAGGAUCACCGCAUAACUCGGGAAAACCCAGUCUUCCGUGAUAUAGAGCAACGGCGUGAUACCCAGGCUCACCAAAUAGCUCGCGAAGAUCCACAUUAUUCACAAAUUGAACGAGCUAGUGACACCAGAACUCGACAAUCGGCGUGUUGUAAUUCUAUUAAUGAAACUAAUAAAGCAUUCUAUUUCGACUAA